GAUUGUGCUGGCGAUUACUUCGACAGAGCUGAGCUGGACAACUGCAAAAAUGAACUUUGCAGGUGGAACAAUCGCACUGGUCCAGGUGGCUACCCGCAUUAUUUCGCCAACCACGAGGGCUUUACGUGGUCUGUUUCGAAUAUCAACAGCCUAUACAUUUACCCUCUUAUUCAUGGCACCAAGGCCUACUCAGGUGAGUUCUUGCUGACAAUACCUGUAGGUGCACCAGGAGCACACCGUUGCAUUGUCAACUACGAUAGCAGGACCGGACAGUGCGUUAUUCUUGGCGCCGUAACUCACAAGGGCGCCUCUUCUAACAAUGGAUUUGUUCAAUGCACAACUAGCUAA